AGAGACAAGACACUCGGCAGGUGGGAGACGAUAGUCUCAACUUUCAGACCAAAUACUCGGACUUUCUUUUGAAGACGGACUCACUGGUGGGAAUGCUGCUGGUGGUAAAGUACUGGAGCUGCUGUUGAUGGUAGAAGAUCUUAAGAAGACGAAGCUAAAUUGAAAGUAUCUGAGUUUAGAGAGGACGUAAACAUGGCUACCGAACUAGAGAAAGAUCUGCUCUGUACUCUGUGUGAAAACAUUUUUAAAGAUCCGGUAACUCUGUCGUGCAGCCACAGCUUCUGUAACGAAUGUCUGAAUAAACGCUGGAUGGAAAAAGAAACGCAUGAGUGUCCUGUCUGUAAGAGAAGAUCCUCAAAGGGAAUCUUAUCUCCUACAUUUGAGCUGAAGAGCCAGAAUGAGGUCUUUUUUAAGGAGGGAUCCUCAGAGUCUGAUCCAGUCUGCAGUGUGCACUCUGAGAAACUCAGCUUCUUCUGUCUGGACGACCAGCAGCUGGUGUGCAGCGUCUGCAAAGAUUCAGAAACCCACAGCAACCACAGAUUCAAAGCUACUGAAGAAGCAGCUGAGGAACGCAAGAAACAACUUGAGGAUUCCUUAAAACUUCUAAAAAAUAAACGGAGGCUCAUUCAUCAAGUGAAGGGAGACUGUGAUCAAACAGCCGAGCACAUUAAAGUUCAGGCAGAAAGCACCGUGUGGAAGAUCAGGGAGGAGUUCAGGAAGCUUCGUCAGUUUCUAGAUGAGGAAGAGGAGGUCAGGAUGGCUGCACUGAAGGAGGAGGAGGAGCAGAAGAGUCUGAUGAUGAAGGAGAAGAUUAAGGCUCUAAGCAAAGAGAUUGAUGCUCUUUCCAUCACAAUCAAAGCCACAGAGAAGGAGCUGAGAGCUGGAGACGUCUCGUUCCUGCAGAACUUCAAGGCUGCAGAGGAAAGAGUCCAGCAGCAACCUCUGCCUGAAGAUCCAGAGCUGGACUCAGGUUCACUGAUAGACGUGGCCGAACAUCUGGGCAACCUGGGCUUCAACAUCUGGACCAAGAUGAAGGAGAUGGUGUCUUACAGUCCUGUGAUUCUGGAUCCAAACUCUGCUCAUCCACAAGUCGUCCUGUCUUAUAAUCUGACCAGUCUGAGGAAGGUAGAGAUGAAGCAGGAUCUUCCCGACAACCCAGAGAGAAUCGAUCACUUCUUCUCAGUCGUUGGUUCUGAGGGUUUUGAUUCAGGCUGCCACAGCUGGGAGGUGGAGGUUGGAGACAACAAGGCCUUCGUCCUGGGUGUGAUAACCGAGUGGAAUCCGAGGAAAGGAGUCAUAUGGCCCGGUCUGUGGAGGCUGAUGUUUUGCAGUGGUGAAUACAAAACCCUUUCACCAUCUGACACUGGAUCUGAUGUGAUGUUGGCAACGAACCCAAAGAAGAUCAGAGUGAAGCUGGACCAGGACGGAGGACGACUGACGUUCUCUGAUUCUGACACAGACGAACACAUCCACACCUUCACCCACACCUUCACCGACAAAAUGUUUCCAUACAUCAGCACCUGGGGUGACGUCCCGAUAAAGGUCGUCCCACUGCAGGUCUCUGUAACAGUGGAGCCACAUGAUUAGAUGAUGAACUGAUGGACAAAGAGAUGCUCAGUGGAGACUCUAAACAUUGUGUCUCUCUUAAGGUCAAAUGGCUUAACUUAUACUGUUACUGUUGAAAGUGAGUUAGCUGCUACAUGUUGUGCAGUAAAAAUGUUGAUGAUGAAAUUACUGAGCUAAAACAGGAAGGUUGUGACCUGUGAAACUAAAACAAUAAGCUGAGAAACAUCUUUCUAAUCUGUGAUAAUAUUAAAGUUAAGCUUUAGCUGUCAUACACUGUAAAACAUAAUAUGGGAGUUAUGUGCAAUCAACUGAUAACUGUUCCUUUUUUCAUGUUACUUUAACUUUAAAAUCUCUAUUUUAUUCUGAAGUGUAAUAACCAGUUGAAAUGAAUCAUGCAUUAUUUGAGAAUUAACACUUUAAGUUAUGGAUUGUUUUAAGUUCUACACUGUAAAUACUGUCCACUUUUAGAUAUGUUGUAAUAACUGCACAUUCACUUUAUUCAUGUUUUCAUGUAUAUAUAUGUUUAGCAUCUUAAGUUUUAAGACUUUUUGUUCUUUUUAAGAUUCUAGUUAAGAUGAAUGUAUUUAACUUACUUAUUUUAUGGAAUCGAAUAAUAUGAACCAAAUAAGAGUGAGGGAACAAAAUAAUAAGAUAUUAAUCCAAGAGUUUAAAUCUGUGUAUUCUGUGAACUAAUGUAAACUAAAAACCAGUAGUGACCAACUAUAAAACCUUUGAUUGAUUCUCUGAGAUUUUAUUGAUAAUGUUGUUCUGCCUAAACACUGUCAUCAUGUGCUGUAUGUGAAACUAUAAAAAAGGUGGAGUUGGGUUUGUGUAAAAUAUAUUUUGUGGCUGCAGGUGAAAAAUAAAAAUGAUACAUCU